AGAAAAUCAUGUUUAUAAUAAGCUGCUCUGCCUUGUGCUACUUAAUUUGCUUAAUAAAAUACCUGUAGUGAUAGAGUCGAUUGCAAAAGAAUCGAUUCCUCGACUCCAGCGCCUCUGGAAGGUGGGCGACUCUUGGCAAAAGACUCUCGAAGCUUUUGGAGUCGACUCGUGUUUUUAAUUGUAAUUGGCUCAAGGGACAAGUGACGGAGGCCAGUGUAAAUCAGUAGAGAGAGUGAGUCGGAGUACUGUGAGUUUGUUUAAUUAGCAGCUGUGAGCGCAAACUCUGCUCACAGAAACCUUUUCGGUCUGUCCUGAACCGUAGCUGUUCAUUUUCUUCAGGAUUGCUCACAAUAAAACAAUAUCAAGGAAAGAGGAAACAAAUACCAAAUACAUUUUACCAGGUUUUGUAAAAGGGAAUGAAUCUGAGAUUUGCUCCUUGUUUCCCAGCUUCUUGUUCAAAUUUCCAUUCCGCCUUAAAUAGCGCUGCAGGUACAUUCUGUUACAUGCUGUUAAGGUACCUGCUGCAUUACUUUAAGCUGGACUGGAAAAGUCCAAUAAGAAGCCAAAUUAAAAAACUGGAUUUUCUCAGUGCAUCACCCCGAGUUCACCUCGCCGUGGAAUAAGCAGAUUUUUCAUCAUAUAAUCUGUAGUUUCUCUAACAUGUGGCUAAACUACAUUUAUGAUGGUUUAAUCUCCACUAUAUCCCUUUUCACCGGCUCUCUUGGUGUUAAGAGUGGUAGAAGAGUCGAGAACAUCGAUUCCAAAGGCAGGAGUCAAAUAAGUGGACAUCCCUGGUGGUCUCCUUCAGUUAGUGUUCGCUGUCAUUUAAAUAGGACAUGCAGUUUCUGUAAAACACAUCGAUGUACAUGCUAGCCAUAAAAAUGACCAAGUUUAACGGAUAAACAUGAAAUGCUGUAUAUAAUUAUGUAAUUUUAAAACAUGAAAAAAUCAGCCAAUUGUAUCAACUUUCAGCAUUUUUAACUCCUUCAGGUGCUAAAACUGGUUACAUUUCAUAUUGAUCACACCUACAUAGAUGGAUGAAUGGAUGGAUGAAUGGAUGGAUGGAUGGAUGGAUGGAUGGAUUAAAAGUGGUUCUUUGGAGAAAAAACAACAAGAAAGGUUUCCGAUCUUUAAAUCGGGUCUAAAAAGCCAGCUAAUUAUGUUAACUAAAUGUUAAAAUGAUGCAAGACUGAUAACGGUUGCUGAUGUGUUGCUUAGAUGUUGCGGCAGUUGCUACGGUAUCCAAGGUGGUUGAUAAGGUGUUGCUCGGUGUUUGCUAUGUUAUUAAAUACACUGGCAUGUUAAAUCAAAUGCCUCCUUAAAUCCACUGCCACCUUAAAUCCAUCGCUACCUUAAAUCUCAUGCUGCCUUAAAUUUAUUGCAACCUUAAAUCCACUGCUCCCUUAAAUUCAUUGUCUUCCUAAUUCCAGUGCAAUUUUCUAUCCACUGCCACCUUAAAUUUACUGCCACCUUGAAUCCAGUGCCGUCUUAAAUCUCGUGCGACCUUAAAUCCAGAUGCCUUAAAUUCCGUGCCAUCUUGCAUUUAAUGUCACCUUAAAUCUCUUGCUAGCUUAAAUUCAUUGCAACUUUAAAUACACUGCUAUCCUAAAACCACUGCUUGCUUAAAGCCACUGUUACUUUAAUACACUGCCUUCUUAAAUUCAAUGCUAGCUCAAAUGCAGUGGCACCUUAAACCCAUUCUUUGUGCUGUUAUUGCUGUAUUAGGCUGUAAGCAUGUGAAUCUGUGUGGACUGUGUAUGAGUGUCUGUGUGAGAGAUGUGCAGUGUGACAUCACUGGCAGUUAGUUUGAAUGUCCCAAAUUUCCUAUGGGAAAAAAAUUCUUUGAACAUUUAAUGUUUGACAAAAAAACAUACGUCAGAUUGCUUAGAAAAGCGCAAGCAACCUAGUCAAGUAUAGGUCCUAUGGUCCGGCAAGGUUUUAUUGUUGUAACUCAGAAACUACGGGAUAGAGAACAUUUUAUUUAGCUUAUAAUAAUAAGAAGAAGAGAUUAAGAAGAGCAGCAAAAGAAAAGCAACCAAGCCAAUUUAAUAAUAAUUACCAUGUAUAAUAAAACCAAAAGGGGUGCAGAUAAAAAUUCAGUAAAACUGAAACAAAGUAAACACAAACAUGGGAACGUAGGAAUGCUGUAUAUUCCACAACUGUGGAAGCACAUAGUCCCAAACACUUAUUCCAAACACGGGGAAUGCGUUAAAAUCUGGUUAAAAUAAAAAUAUACAAGGAAAAUCACAGCCAGCAAAUAUCAGGAAUAGCUUUGGAUAUUCUACAUAAUAUUGUGUGGAAAUUGAUAUUCACUUCUACUGUCCAGUUUAAAGUCGAUUCCAUUCUCCAACCGGAGGCUUCCGUUCCACCUUAAACGGUGCAGCAGUCACAUUUUAGGCGCUUUUGACGGGAACCAUUUAAGGUGGAACGGAAAAUCGAAUAAGAAGCCAACUCGGUGCAAAAGUCCUCUUGAUAAAUCCCCACAGAGAAGGAACGAACGGGCCCAGGCAUGUUGGCUAAAUGCUAAUCCCAGUCCCACCGCCAGUAGAACAUGCCUGGGUCGCCCCCCGCGGUCCACACGUUGAGGGAAUCUGCACGACGGGGCUUUUUCUUUCAGCAACACGGAGAGGAGGUCUUCAUGAAAUGAGGAGGGUACGAAGAAUACAGACCAGACAGGAGCGGGCCGAAAACGAGACUGAUCCCACCCUAAGCACAGGGGACCCUCGACUGUCUUGAGGCUUGGCAGAGAAAGAUUCAUUAGGAGACAUGAGGAAGUGCAGCCCAUGGACGUUUCUCCCUAUUAUGUUUUCAUUCUUCACAGCAGCAGGCUUGUGGGUUGUAUAUUUCAUAGCAGUUGAGGAUGAUAAAAUCACCCCACUCAGCUCUGAAUACAAGAGAUCAGUGUCGAAGUCUCCUCCAUAUAUUAGCAUUGCAGGCGAUGCUCCACCCGCCAGCUGUGUUUUUAGCCAAGUCAUGAACAUGGCAGCUUUUGUGGGCUUCAUCCUUGGGGUUCUCAGAUACCUGCAGCUUAAGCCAAGGGUGCACAAACCCUGGCUCAACAUUGGCAGUCUGGUAGCUCUGUCCUUGGCCUGCUUUGGUAUGACUUUGGUUGGGAAUUUCCAGCUGUCAAAUGAUGAGGAGCUCCACAAUAUUGGCACCUCCAUGACCUUUGGACUAGGCACACUGUUCUGUUGGGUCCAGUCUUUCAUGACCCUAAAGGUCAACUUGCGCAAUGAAGGCAGACGAGCUGGCAUUCCUCGUUUCCUGUUGUCUGGAGCAGUCACGUCCUGCAUGCUGCUUUACUUUGCCCUAAUGGCACAACGUCUGCACAUGCAUGCUGCCCGGGCACAGUGGGCACUGGUCAUGUUCUUUCUGGCAUUUCUGGGCACCUUUGCUAUCGAGUUCCGCCACUACCACUUUGAGAUUGUGUGCAGUGAUGACCAGGACCCUCCACUGAGCCUGUCUGAGAGCUUCUCUGAGGUUUCAGAGUACCAGUCUGACCAGCUAUAGGACUAUUUCUGUCUCAUUUUUAACAGGAUUUAGUCCUACAACUAACAAUAUUCAUCCAUUUCCACUAAUGCAUGUAUGUUGAAUGUAAUGUCUCCGGAGUGGUCUGUGAGUGUUCUUUUUUAUUAUGACAAUGUAUAGGUAGACUUGGCAACAAAAAGCACAAGAGGUGAAUAGACACCAUUUUUUGAGUCACAGUGAGUUUUUGUAUUCCAGGAGUCAGGUAAUGUGAAGUGACAUACAUGAGUAUAUAUACAUUAUAUGGUCAAGAGUAUGUGGACACCCCUGCUAAUCAUUGAGCUCAAGUGUUUCAGUCACAUGCAUUGUAUGGCUAUGUACUUUAUGCACUUGUUAAAAAUCUCCAUAAAUAAGCAAUGGCAGUAGAAUGGGUGAUACUCGAGAGCUCAGUGACUUUAAAUGUGGCACUGUCAUAGGAAGCCACCUUUGCCACAAGAUCAUGAAAUGUCUGUCCUGCUAGACCUGGCAGUCUGAUGGAUGAAUCUUGCUUUGGUGGAUGCAAGGAGAAGGCUAACUACCUGGAAUGCAUAAUGACAAUGGUAAAGUUUGGUGGAGGAGGGAUAAUGAUCUGAGGUUAUUCUUCAGGAGAUGGGCUCAGGAUCAGGCUGAUCCCUUAGUUCCAAUGAAGAGUAAGUUAAUGCUACAGUAUGCAAAGACACUUUUGACAAUUAUAUUGCUUCCAUGUUUGUGGCAUCAGUUUGGAGAAGGGCCUUCUUGUACUUAGCAUAGCUGUCCAUAAACACAAGGUGUGAUAUAUUUAGUAUGGAGGAACUCUGGGUUUGGGGAUAUGGGCAACCAUAUUACUGUCCAUGCUUUUGGAAUAGGAUGUCCAACAAGCUUAUACAAGUGUGAUGGUCAAGGGUCAACAUACUUUUGGCCAUAUACUGCAAGUAAAGAUUAUCAAGCAUGUGAAUAGACAAAAAAUACUGUAAAGGACAUGAGAUCAGACUGGACUGCUGCCUUCAAGUGCUCCUCUUGGGAGCUCUUAUGAUUUUAGAUAUCGUAAGUAUGACCUAAGUAGUCAAGUGAUCAGAAACAAGAUGAACUGCAUUUUAUUUUGCUUUAUCGUUAAAUGUUUAUCAAGGGUUAGGGUUAGGGUUAGGGUUUGAAUCACAGCUUAUGUUUAUAGCUGUCUUUUUGAAUACAGAUGAGAGUAAAAAUGUCUGCGGUGUUCAUGCGUAGCUGCUGAGUACCUGAAACAGGUUUACAGUUACGAAUUUUUUUAACGACACCCAUAAACUCAAAGUUAUGGCUUACAGAAAAGUCCUACUACAUUGUGGUGGCAUUCAUGGAAACACAACUUGUAAUACCAGUAUUUCCAACAGCACUUGAAGGCAACAUUAUAUAUAUAGUAAAGAGACCAAGAAUAACGGCAAGGCAGGUUCUGUACUCUGUAUUGAAUUGUUUGUCUGAAACAUCAACUCACUUUUCAGUAUACAAUAUCAAACAAUCCUAAUUCUUUUCACAAAUGGCACAUUUUAUAUCUAGAUGAAAAAAUGUUCAGUCAUAACAAUGCAGAAUAUGUCUGACAUAACUGAUCAUUUACAGUGUUUUUCAAGGUAUGAACUGUGUUUCAUUAAAGCUGCAUUCUGUUAGACUUAA